AUGGCGGAGUACUCGCCUGUCCUGCCGAUGAGGGAUGGUGGAGCGAGGUUUGGCCUUGGACAGCCCAUCUUUCCUCGCUCCCGGUCCGGUUCUGAAUCAGAUAGUGAACUGUCACAGAGCCUGGCCCGAACCAAGAUCCGGUCGUACGGGAGUACGGCUAGCGUCGCGGCUUCUCUCGGCGAGAAAUACAUAGAGCAUCGGGUGACAGACAGCGACACUUUGCAAGGGAUAGCCCUCAAAUACGAAGUAACGGUAAGGUUAUUACCGGUAUAUACACACGUCUUGUGUGUUAUGGUUGUGGAUAUACAAAUGUGAAAUCACAUUCAUUUGUUUUGAUCAUCUGGCAUGCAUGCGAGCAUUUUUGGGACCACCUAUUUGCUAAAUUGUCAUAUGAUGGUCGCGAGUAUAAUAAAAUCAGUGCUUGCAAGAUUAGCCUAGACCUACUACACGAUUAAAUUAUUCUUAGAUCCAAACAUGUAUGACUUACUCUCGUGAUACCUGAAUGCAACGGACGGACUGGACAGGCUUCGAACCAUGAACUUCAGGAAGUAUCAGAUUUAAGAUUCAAGGCCUGAGCGUCCCUGCUCAACUGUUACUGUUAGCUACAUUCUUACUGUUACAUUGUUGCAUUAACAACAUGGUCAUGAGUCAUAACAGAAUGUACUACAAUGUAGCAAUGUUGGCUACUGUAUCCUUACCUGUAGAAUACUGGAACAAACAGGCAACACAAGGGUUUGUGUGAUCUUGUUUGAGCAACUUCAGCCACAUGCAGUGUUUGGCUCUCUGGCAGUCUUCAUUCCCAUCUCUGUAGUUCACUGUCACUGAUGACCAACGUGGGCAACUCCAGUCCUGAAGGAGCACAGUGUGCUGGUUUUCGUUUAAUUGGGUGUGUUGGGGUGGAACAAAAGCUUGCACACACUGUGUCCCUCCAGGACUGGAGUUGCCCAUCCCUGCCCUAGGGGCUUCUAGGAAUGUCUGUCUUCCUGAACAUCAGCGUGCAUUGCUCACCUCACACCCAAUAACAUGUGUUACUAACUAAAUUAGUAUUUGUAGUGAUACUGUUAUUACUGCUUUGUGUUAUUACUAUCUUAUUAGCAUUGCUAUUUGUUAUGACUGCUUUAUGACUGCAGUUAUUGAUACUGAUAUUACUGCUUUGUUACAUGUUAUUAAUACUGUUAUUAUUGUGUUAUACCAUGUUAUUAAUACUGUUCUAAUCGUUAUGUCACAUAUAUGAUUCCAGAUGGAGCAGAUUAAGAGGACCAACAAGCUGUUCAGUAACGACUGUAUCUUUCUGCGUAACACCCUCAACAUCCCUGUCGUCUCAGAGAAGACCUCUCCCUUCAACGGCCUGUCUCUAGAGUCCCCCGACGGAGAGCCCCAGGACCAGGACUUCAACCCCCUGUGUGUGGGGCAGGACAGGGACAGGGACACUGAGGAGGACCCCUCGCUGCCCCUGGCCCCUGGCCCCGGGGAAAAGGACAGUAGUAGUUCUAAACGGCCCCAGCCAGAAGAGCUGUCAGCUCAAGACUUCCUCCACAGACUGGACUUGCAGAUUAAACAGUCAAAGCAGGCAGCACGCAGGCUCAAAGAAGAGGAAGUGAGGUAAGAGACGGAAUACGCUGAGGUGGUGAUAGCCAAUCACAUGGGUUUCGUCCAAAAUGGCACCCUAUUCCAUAUUUAGUACACUACUUUUUGACCAGGGCCUAUAGGGCUAUGGUCAAAAGUAGUGCACUAUGUUCAGAAUAGGGUGCCAUUUGAAGUAGGGAACUAUAUAGGUAAUAAUGUGUAAUGUCAGAUGUGCCCCUGGCACACUCAGUGA